CCUGCAGCCUCUUUCACUAUCUAUAACAAUGGCUGACUUUGGUUUAACGCGUGAUGAACGACUGCAAGUAUAAAGUCAUCAGAGAAUAUAUACACAACGACCGAAUUGGCUGUCAUCAAGUAUCGAUCAACCUGGAAUUUUAGUGUUUCGCGAGAUAAAAUAAAAAAUUACAAUGUCGAAUAAAAUUGAUUUGUGAUGUUUAUUGUGAAUCUUGAUAAUGUCUUUCGAAAUAAAACGAAGAAAGUUCGAUGUUGAAUAAAAUCAACCUGGAAUCAUUAACGAUUGUGAAUGAAAAUCGUGUUUCUGUGCCAUCGAAAAUUUCUAAACGUAACAUAGACGUUGAAACAAAGGACCGAAAUUUCGGAACAAACUGAUCGAAUCCGAUAUCAUUCGAUAAGAAGAUAAGAAACUAUUAUAAAAAAAAAAAAUAGAUUACGCAUUCAACAAACAUAAUAGUUACAAUAACACAGCAUUAAUUUUGCUGUGUAAGAUUAAAAAAGAAGUGCGGUAAUCAGGUAGUAUCGACGAAUAAAAUCAAUACAGCCUGCAAAUAUAAAUGUUGAAAACAGUGAAGCGGACGUUGAACGACUGGAAGAAAAAUUUUUUCCGACAAAAAAUAUUACGUUAUAAUCGUUUGAAAAUAGAGAAAGUUGUUACUAUAAUAACCCAGUUACCGAUCAUCCCUUCGGUUUCGCUGAAAAAUUACCGAAUCACGUAAGGCCGCCCCUCCUCGCGUUCUAAAGUGAUAAAAAAUAUUUAGCAAGUGUAAAUUCCGGAUCUCGGAUUAAAAAUAUACAAAUACAAUCAAGCUUGAAAAAUAUGCAUUAAAUCUGGGGAUAAUUUUCUCAGUGGUAAUAUAAAAUUAAGUGAAUAUAAGAAGAUAAAAUUUAUGCAGUCAAGGACGAAUGCGGAUUCGGAACUCUUGUAAAAUAUGGAGGGCAGCGAGUGGGAUCAUGGCACCCUCAGGGAAGAGGAAUUCGAACAGCAUGCAGUCUAUCUGGUGCCCGACGUCACUCCCAGUCCCAAUGACGCCAACCGCGCCGAAGCCUCUCUGCCAAGGAACCUGGUCCUCAAGCCUUCCCAAGCCCUGAACGAUGUCCUGGGAGUUUGGAGUACAAGUUACAUCCCGAAGGGAACGAGGUUCGGCCCUUUAGUAGGACAAGUCUACACGAAGGACUUGGUGCCGGCAGACGCUAACCGGAAGUACUUCUGGAGGGUAUACAAGAACAAUGAAUUGUUCUACUACAUCGACGGAUAUGACGUACAGAAAUCAAAUUGGAUGCGAUACGUCAAUCCUGCUUACUCCUCAGAGUCCCAGAACCUCAUCGCUUGUCAAUACAAGACGAAUAUUUAUUUCUACACCAUCAAGCCAAUCCUACCGAACCAAGAACUCCUUGUGUGGUAUUGCAGGGAAUUCGCGGAAAGGCUCAACUACCCUUUGACCGGAGAGCUAAUGCUGCAAAGAAUAAGACAACAGGUUCAACAGUCGGCAAUACCGCCUGAAAUACCAACGUCCGUUGAAACGACCCCAAUGAAGGAGGGUGUGAUAUACGAGAGGCGUUCUCAGAUGACGCCAACCGACGGCUCGGUGAGAUCGGACGAGGGUUACCACUCGAAUGGCUACCACGACGAGAUACUGACGCCGCCUGAGGAGAGCAGUGAGUCGGAUUCAGAGAACAACUACGUGUUGGACUUCAGCAAGAACGCAAAGGGUCCAAGCAGCGAGAUACUGAAGCAGGAUAGCAGCGUAGUGAAAAAUGAGUACCGUAAGGUGAAGAUAAAGAUCAGCAAGACGUACAACAACAAUAAUAACAACAACAACGGCUUCAACAAGAGCAUGGAAAAUAUAAAGGAGAGGGACGAAAUGUUAAGCGGUGCGAUAUCGCCGGACGUCCAUCAGCUCCAAAAGUCAAUCUCGCCGACGCUGGUCAUCCAGAAGAACACGGUCUUGUCAUCGUCGAACGAGGAGCCGGCCGAGAAGAUGCCAAAGCAGUUCUACGAGCCGGAAGUGAAGUCCUCGGGUCUUCCGAUGCCCGGAACCCGACCCCAGUACCUGACGAAUUCCAGUAGCAUCCUGGAGAACAUCCUCCUACGAAGCAACACCGACAGUAACAACAACACCAGCGGGAACGGAACAAACGGCGGUGAAAACUGCACCCCAAAUUCCGUGACCCCGCCACCGUCGAGCCCGACGGAGAUGGCUUACUCGUACAAAAAGUCCCACAGGUACGGUAACAUCAUGCCCUGCAGUCCGGACUCCAGCUCGAACCUGCCGAUGCAGACCGAGCUCCCCGGAAACGGGGUGAAUUCGACGACCGGUCUGCUGCAGAGCAACGCCGCGUUGCAUUCCAGCACCGGAAGCCUGCACUCAAACAGUUCAGGCAGUGUUGUUCUCCACUCCGUGAAGCCUCAACGGAAGUCAAAGAGCCCAUCACCUGCCGCCACUAUCCUCUACUCCACCUCCUCCAUCACCCAGAUUCCCAGCGAGUCCAGCUCCGUCUACCUUAACACCAGUCCCAGCCUUGCCCCCAUGUCGCCGGUCCAGUCUCCCUACCCCUACGGCCUCUACCACCAGGGUAAUCACCUCCACCACAACGUCGCCCCGCUUUCCAUAAACACAGCCUAUUCGCCGACCCCGACCAGCAUGUACGGGGACCGAAACGAGCGCAGAAUCGAGUCUCACCACCAGCUUCCCACCUCGUCGACCAUGCAGAUGGACGGGAACCAGGCCCUGAUAACUGGCACGCACAACCUUCACCUGGGCCAUCAUCCCGGACUUACCAUAUCGAAUUCGAUGAACAGGUACUCCCCGGCCAGCUCGCUAUCCCCCGAUGAUCACGGGUGCUCACAGAGCGGAGCGCUCAGUCCCAACUCCCAGGGGUCCAGGGGUUAUCGGUCCCUGCCCUACCCCCUCAAGAAGAAGGACGGGAAGAUGCACUACGAGUGCAAUGUAUGCUGCAAGACAUUCGGCCAGUUAUCGAACCUCAAGGUUCAUCUCAGGACCCACUCAGGGGAGAGACCGUUCAAGUGCAACGUUUGCACGAAGAGCUUCACGCAGCUCGCUCACCUGCAGAAGCAUCAUCUGGUUCAUACCGGCGAGAAACCGCACCAGUGUGAAAUCUGCAAAAAGAGGUUCAGCUCUACGUCAAACCUGAAAACCCACCUGCGCCUUCAUUCGGGGCAAAAACCCUACGCCUGCGAUCUCUGUCCCGCCAAAUUCACCCAGUUCGUUCAUCUCAAGCUUCACAAGAGGCUUCAUACCAACGAACGUCCCUAUACUUGCCAGGGUUGUGACAAAAAGUAUAUCAGCGCCAGCGGCCUAAGGACACACUGGAAAACCACCAGCUGUCGGCCAAACAACAUCGAGGAUGAACUUGCUCUUGCCGCUGCCGUUGGAUCACCCAACUAUUAUGAAUAUGGGCCCGAUAUGAGCGUCGGAAACAUGUCGUCGAAAGAGUGUGAGUUGGAGCACAUCGAUAAUUACGAAAGACGCAGCAACAGCGUCGGGAAUAACGUGGUUGGUCCAGGAAAUGCGGUAGGUGUUGGAAACGGUCACGGACACGGGCCGCAUUCGACGUCGUUGCACAAUUUGGAAAACUCGGUGGGCAGGCCGAGCGUGAUAGAGUCGUCCCAACCGCACAUCAUCGAAUGCACUUAAGAGAUGAAAAAUAGGCGGAGAAGCUAGAGAACGUUGAGAAAAGAGUAUUAAAUUAAGCUAGUUUCAGAGCGUAUAUAUUGUAAUAAUGAGCGCGCAAAAUCCACCCACGGACUCGGUGAAUCAUAUAAGGUGUAUGUGAUAUUCGGAUCGAAACGGGUUUCGCGAUAAUAUGUGACACGAUGAUUAUCGGCCCUGGAAUCAGGAUGAAAGCGGGCUGAAAACCCAAAUUCGAAAUCGAUGAAGCAAAAAAAAUUUGGGCCUCUCGGGUCGCGUUAUCAAAUUCCAGAAACUUCCAACUGAGUUCUUCCCCUUCUUCCAUCGACUCGUUAUAGAUUCUGGAACAAUUGUUAUCGUUCUUUGAAUGGUUUAAUCGAAAAGGCGACCCAUUGAUCCAAUUUUGUAAAAGGUGCUAAUUACGCUAAACUGCAAUGUGCGAAUCAAGAGAUGUGCAAAUUUCGAGGGAGUGGGAAAAUCGCGAUCGAAAAAUCGCCUUAAAGCAGGGUACCGUGUUGUUUAUGGUUACGCAUGCCUUGAUUGUGACCCCCGCACACAAGCCAAAACUGUGCGACUUUAAGAACGCAGCGCCACGCGUUCCGAAGAACAACAUCAAGUCUUUUCUUACCAUUAUUUUUCCAUUUUUAUUUAUAUUUUAUACCGUAACUGUUGAAAUGUUUGAAGCGUUGCUUUAGGCUUCGAUUUUAGACAUCGGAAAGUACUUCUAUUUAUUUAUAUUAUAUAUUGUAAAAUAUUAGAUACAAUAUUGUUCUAUAGCUUCGACGCGUGGCGCUCUUCUCGUCGGUCACCAUUUUAAUGCAGUGUGCAAGAUGCAGUCCUAUGCAUUAUUAUAUAGGCGAAUUGCGUGCGACGUGGUAAAGCGUACAAAAGUGUAAGAAGGAGAAUAAGAAGAUUAAAAAACCGAGGAAAUAUGAAAGAAACGAACAAACAAAUAAACAAAAUGGCGGAUUUUGUCGGCACCCGCCACAACUUAAAAACCAGUGACGACACGACUGCAACUAUACGAGACCUGUACCUGUAUAUACUAACAUUAUUGAUUAAUUAUUCGGUAUUAGAAAAGUAAUUUAAAGGUAAAAGAAGAGAAAACAAUUUAGAAAAAAAAAAUAAGAAGAAGAAAAAGGAGAGGGAGAAAGAGUAAUUGAUAUGUAGAAAA